UAUUCUACAAGUUAAACAUUAUUUAAACUUCAUUUAGUAUUUUGAGCUACGUUUUGGUGCAAGCAUUCGUAAACUGGGAUCUGUUCUGUUUACUAUAAGUAUGUUGCUCUGGCUGCCAGUUGCAAUGUAUGUACCUGCCAUCACCUACAAUCAAGUUACUGGAACGAGCAUUCAUGUUAUUACGCCCAUUGUGUGCAUUAUCUGCAUCUUCUACACGUGUGUGGGUGGUCUGAAGGCGGUCAUUUGGACAGAUGUUGUGCAGAGCUUUGUCAUGUAUGGAUCGAUUUUGACAGUGUGCAUUAAAGGCACCUAUGAUGUGGGCGGUUUGGGUGUGGUCCUGCAACGAAAUCAGGACAGCGGACGACUCAAUGCACCGGAAUGGACCUGGGAUCCUACCGUUCGCUUGUCCAUGCUGUCUGUCAUUGUUGGAGGAACUUUGCAUAAAAUCCAAGGGUCGGAUGUCAAUCAGGUGUCCAUACAACGCUUUUUGUCAUUGCCCAGCUAUAAGCAUGCCAAGCAAUCAAUGCUCAUCUUUACAAUACUCCUCAUAUUUCUGCUGAGCUGUUGCUGCUACAUUGGCCUCGUGAGCUAUGCCGUGUACCACGAUUGCGAUCCCAUCAGCACCAAGCUUGCCAAGGCUAGUGAUCAGUUGCCCGCGCUGCUAGUGAUGCGUACACUGGGAUCGAUUCCUGGACUGCCAGGACUCUUUGUGUCUGGCGUUUUUAGUGCAGCGUUGAGUUCACUUUCCACAGGACUCAAUUCGAUGUCAUGCGUGAUUUCACAGGACAUGGUUCGACCAAUGUUAAAAAAGCCACUGACUGAGCGUCAAACUGCUUUUCUGCUUCGCUUUAUUGUCGUAAUAUUUGGCAUAUUCUGCAUGAGUCUAGUUUCCGUUGUUGAAAAGCUGGGCAUGGUUCUACAGCUAGGUACUAUGACUGGGGCUGUAUCAAUGGGCCCACUGCUGGGCAUUUAUACCAUUGGUGUAUGCCUGCCUUGGAUUAAUGGAAGAAGCGUCCUUACCGGCAGCAUUGUAUCCUUUUUUACAUUGGCCUGGAUCUGUUUAAAGGCGCAAUUGGCACAGAUGAGCGGCGAAAUUCGAUAUCCAAAGAUGCCAGUUUCUAUAGAAGGUUGCGACUACACUUUUGACAAUGCCACUGUAUGGGAGUCAAUUCAUAACUACACACCCUCUACGGAUCGUAAUAUAUAUCAUUUAUCAUUUUACUGGUACACCGCCUUGGGAGGUGUCAUUUGCAUUGUAGUUGCCUUCCUGGCGAGCCUUCUCUUUGGCUGGCAGGAUGUGUCCCAGUUGGAUCCAGCUCUACUUACACCCUGCAUGCGUCGCUUUUUGCCAAAGAAAAAUUAUGAGGCAGUUGACUUGGAGGAAUUGUUCAGCCUUAAGACUAAAACGGAAGCCAGAAAAAUGACGGAGAGUUCUGAAUAGUUUCUU